AUGAAGAUUCCAGCUAUCAAGACAAGCGCUACUGUGCUGGCGCUGGCAACUCGAGUUGCCAGUUCCGUGUAUUGCGAUUCCGACGAUUGUGCUCAAAACCAACCCGUCGGUACUCCCACAAGCACUGCUGCUUGCUCCACUGUGAGUGCAUUGUGGGCGGCCCAAAUCACAGCUACUCCCAAGCCUACCGUUAUCGCCAAGCUUGCAUACGACUGCAUCAAUUCAGUACCGCUCAACAAGCCUGCCGCCUUGAGGUGGAUUGAUGAGUUGAAGCCAUAUCUAGAAUGGCAAUCAACCCUCGCAUUUUUAAAGACACCGCCACCCGAGUAUUUCUUCCCCCCACACGACAUUGUCGCUGCUCUUGACACAAUUCGCGUCGAUUUGGAAGCUGGCAAAUACCCAAACGAGUACUCUUGGCAGCGGGACGUAUUUGUUAAAGUCUUUGGACCUGCUCAUGAUGGACAUCUGUACGUCAAUCCGGACAUCCUCACCAAUGCAAUGGAAUGGGUCAGGCCACUUGCUCUUGUCUCCAUCAGCGAAGACGGUACCUCCCCGCCCGUUAUUAAAGUUUACGACGAUGUCGCCUCCAACCCCGAGACCGCAUCGAUUCUCUCGCUCAUCAAUGGUGUUGACGCGGCAACAUUUCUCAAGGAUCAGAUAUUCGCAAUCACCGGAAGCCAGGACCCUGACGCUGCCUACAACUCAAUGUUUUACUCCAAGUCUUCGGCCGUCUCUAAUAACGCCGGCUUUUUCAAACAAGGUGGCCGAACACGGUACAUUUACCCCGGUGAAACAACUUCAUUCACCUUUGAGAACGGAACAUACCUCGAAUUGCUCAAUAUCGCGAGACUCAAGGGUGACUGGAAUGGGGUCAAAGACGGGACGUCAUUCUUCAGCAAAUUCGCUCCAGGUGCUGGACUCGCCAACUCUACCUUGGUAUCGACAUCUAGCGCAGCACAUACAAGUACACCCACAACCAUGUCACCAACAAGUCCGACGGGUGUUAAAGGCUACCCUUCGCCAGUCGUAAUCAGUAGAGAUUCGGUAGUAUCCGGCUACUUCAUCGAUGAGCCGGGUUUUGAAGACGUUGCCGUUUUGGCCGUCAUGUCCUUCGGGUCCGAUAGCCCUGCCGAGUUUCAAAAAGUCAUCGAGGACUUUUUUCUCAGAGCUAUAAAUGCUUCGAAGACUAAGCUCAUAGUAGACCUCCAGUUCAACUAUGGAGGUUACAUAUUCCAAGGCUACGAUACGUGCGUUGUCAAGGCUCAUCUGCUUCUGAGGGGCCCCUGCCCGGCGCUCUAUUCUUCUCUGCUCUUCAUCUACUAA